UGACCUAUAGGAACAUCGAAAUCUUUCUGAUUUCCUUUUUUUCCCAAUGGACUUUCAACUUUCUUGUCCUACCAUCCAGGCUGGCCGGAUCAAAAGUGGAAUGACUGAAAAGAGGAAGAAAAAAUGGGACUCUAUUGUGGACAACAAAGAGUCAGUGUCCCUCUCAUUGGUCAGGGCCAUUACCAGGGUCAACCAAAGAGCCAACUUUAAGGCCAAAUACCAGGUGCUGAAUCAGUUGUGCAAAGGAGGAUGUGGAUCUGUGUUUGCUGGAUACCGUAAAGCAGAUCACUUGCAAGUCGCGAUCAAACGUGUACCACAGUUAAAUCUCAAACAAGUGAGUCUAGAUGGGAAAAAGCUCCCUGCAGAGGUGGCCAUAAUGCUAAAAUUAGCAGCUGAAAAAGAUGGCUCUGUGGGGAUGGCAGCACCAGUAGAAUUACUCGACUGGUAUGACCUGGGACAUGAGUUGAUACUGGUGCAGGAGAGACCUCUUAAUGCCAUGGACCUUUUCCAAUACAUUGAGGACAAAGGGUCUGUACAGCAGGAGGAGGCCAGGGAUAUAAUAAAACAGUUGGUGGACGCACUUAUUGCACUGCAGGAGAGGCAAAUCUUUCACCAGGACAUAAAAUUGGAGAACAUCUUGAUUGUGACAGGCUCAACUGUCCCGCAGGUUCGCCUCAUUGAUUUUGGGUUAAGCGUGAUAGGGAAAAAAGACUCAGUUUACAGGACAUUCUGUGGCACCAGAGAAUACAUCCCUCCUGAGUGGUACAAUUCCUCAACCUACACCGCUGGUCCAGCCACAGUGUGGCAGCUUGGGAUUGUCCUCUUUGAAAUGCUCCACAUAUGCGACAGAUUUUCUACCAAAAGAUUUCAAAAAAAGGUACAGAGAAUCAGCUGUCGACUGUCCGAAACCUGCAGAAACUUCCUCCAGCUGUGUUUGAAGAUGGACCCUGAUGUGCGGGCCACCCUGACAGAGCUACAGCUUCAUCCAUGGUUGGGAGUAACUGCACCUCCUGCAGAGAAGAUUUAGAAAUUGAUAAAAUAUAAGUUGGUAUACAUUGUAUACUUGCGUAUGCUCUGCACUACACCACUCCUCCUCCCUUGGAAGGAUUGUGACAGAUCUACGCUCACAGUGUGAAGAUUCUAUGUUUUUUUUCUAUGUUCUCUCUUCCUCUCCCCUUUCUGUUUAUUCUCCUGCAGGGCAUGUGUGUGGCAGGUAGCUCUGCUGACUUCUCUUUCUCUGCACCAGACAAGGCACAUCUGCUCUCCCCUAUAUCAACCUGCCCAUAAAAGCCUGGUCUU